AUGGGUAAAAUCAGAAAAAAGACCAGCAAGCGUGGUACGACUCACGAAAAGGUGAAGCGCAAGCACCAGAUCAAGGAGAGCAAGAGGAAAGUACGAAAAGCUGCGAAGAAAAGCCCUCAGUGGAAGUCCAAGACACCAAAGGACCCUGGAAUCCCUAACAAUUUCCCGUAUAAGGACGAGAUACUUGCUGAAAUUGCCGAGGAACGGAGAUUAGCUGCCGAGUCCAAGGAGCGUAAAAAGGAAGAAAGGAAAGCCAUCCGUGCCAAAGCGAAAGCUGGUCCACAAUCCGACGACAGCGAAUCCGAGGGCGAAGGUUCUGCCAACGAGGCUAGCACACUAUCGACUCCAGCUACCGAUGCUUUCAACGGUAUUUUGAGUCUUUCGGGAGGUUCAUCGAUCACCAAGUCGAAGAAGGAUAAGAGUAAAGCUGCGACAGUGGAGGACGAGGAUGAAGUAGAGGAUCCACCUGCUCUUGUUAACCCCGACCUUCCGAAUCUGCAAUCCGUUCUUGACAAAGCGGACGUCGUCAUCGAGCUCCUGGACGCCCGUGACCCUAUGUCUUACCGGAGCUCUCAGCUUGAGGGUCUCGUAGCUGGAAAGGGGAACAAGAAGUUACUCUUCGUUUUGAACAAAAUCGACAUGUGUCCUCGCGAACCUUUGGCGGCCUGGGCUUCUUUCUUGCGCUCCUCUCAUCCUACUUUACUCUUUCGUUCAUCGUCCGCCUUCAUCUCCGAAGCGCCUUCGAUGCUAGACCCGGCUUUGGUAUCCAAGUCCAAGGGUAAAGCCAAAGCACCCGCGGACGAUGCCUGGGGUGAAGAGGCUGUACUCUCGCUACUGAAGCAAUGGGCCGAAGAAAAGGAGAACCGGGAGGGUGCAGCCACGGAACCGCUGCAAGUCGCCGUUAUCGGUGUCACGAACUCAGGAAAGAGUGCCUUCAUCAACUCCCUUGUUCACUCAUCCGCCUUCCCCACAUAUAGUCCCGCCACCGCCACUACAUCCUCCUCGCCUACCACAACACUGUACGCUCAGGAGACUACCCUUACUCUGCCCCAGUCAGCGUCUCAUGUGACUCUCAUCGACACUCCCGGUGUCUCGUGGCAGCCCCGCGCGGAGCCAAAAUCGGAAGAGGCGCAGAAAUUCAGGGCUCACGAUAUCCUCGUGAGAAGUCGAGGACGGGUGGACAAGAUGAAGGACCCGGUGCCUGCUGUGGAACACAUAGUUUCUCGGUCUGAACCCGAAGAUCUCAUGCUCGUGUACAAUCUGCCUGCUUUCUCCAGAGGCGACACCUCGACUUUCCUCUCCGGUGUGGCCCGCAGUUCUGGCUUCCUUAAGAAGGGUGGCGUUCUCGACCUCACUGCCGCCGCUCGCAUUGUACUUCGCGACUGGUCUACCGGGAAACUUCAACGCAUAUCAAUGCCUCCAACAUCUUCCAAAUCUAUCCCUACUGUCGACGAAUUGGCAAAUGCCCUCUCAGAAUUGUACACCACGGCAGACUCUGCUGUCCUAUCACAAGUACGGACGAAGAAGGAGAUGCGGAAGGCAGACGGCCUGGUCAAAAUGGCCAGUGGAACGGUGGACGAACGAGAGUUGGAGCUGGAGAAGGUCUGGGUCGGUCUCGAGCCUGAUAGUGAAGAGGAGGAUGAGGAUGAAGACGAAGAUGCCGAAGGGGAAGACGACUUGAUGGACGUGGACGAGACGGAAGCUCCAUCAGGAGAGGAAGACCCAAUGUCUGACGACAUGGGUGGAGACGAGGAGGAAGAGGAAGAGAAUGAAGAACCGACACCUCCGCCUUCUCCGAAAUUUUCCAAACGCAAACGUCCCUCUGCCCCAACAAAAUCCUCUUCGUCCGCCGGUCCCCCAUCCAAAAAGGUCGCGUUCUCGAACAAGCCACUACCGCCCUCGUCGUCCGCCUCAGCUUCCACGACACCAAAAUCGCGCGCUGAGAAGCGUGGUGACCGCUCCUCUAUUACUACACCUUCCGAGCAGCCAAAAUCCGCGCUUAAGUCUUCGACCAAGCCCUCGAAGGUCUCUGCGAAAGGGAGCACAAAGGCAGCAGGCGUUAAGCGUGCUGUAGCGAACGCACCUUCGAAGAAAGCUGCUGGUGUAGCUGUCGCAGCCAACGCAGCUGGUUCCGGAGGCGGAGAUGCGUACGAUUUUGGGAAGUUCUUCUAGGCAUCAUGGAUGUAUAGUCCUCACGCUCGAUUGUAUGACCUCUCUGUAGCCCGAUUCAUAGUCACCGCGCGGCUUAUCCCGCAACAUUGACCGUCUGUUAUUGUGUCCUCGAUUGAUCAUAAGAGUUAAUCAACG